AUGCUCAGCCAGCCCAGGAGAAUGUCGACUGGAACUGCUCGAAGCGCACAUUCAGUACCCGAGAUUGCAACGCCCGUCUCACAACCCGCACAUUGGCAGCCGCAGCACACGUAUGCUCAGCAUGUGUCUUCGCCGCAUGUUGAUACCCCGCCGGCCAUGGGGGAAGUCCAAGCGUCUCAGCAUGAUGCUGUUCGCUGGAGCCCUCAUCCUGGUCAUGCGCAACAGCAACAGCAACAGCAGCAGCAGCAGCAACAGCAACAGCAACAGCACCACCAAGUUUCCAUGCCCGUGCAGGAUCCAUCGGUUCAUGCGGUGGAACAGCCAAACCUGUCGUACCCGAGCCCAUAUGUCAUGGAAAGCAACGCGCGAGCCAUGUCGUACCCGCUUGAGAACGCCUCCAUGGUCACGUCUCAGCCCAUGGCCAUGUCAGGCUACGGCACGCCCACGUCACACCCGUCGCCGCACACUUCAGAGUACCAGCGACACAUGAGCGUGCCCAUGCACCACCAGCCUGUGCAGGGCCAGGCUCCGGCGCAGCACCAGCAGCACCACACGUCGGCUCCCUAUGGCUCGUAUCCCGUAGGGCCUCAGCAAGGCUACCCGCCACAGGUCAGCCACUCGAGCGAAAUGCCCAUGAUGCACGCGCAGCACAACCAGUCGCAGAUGCUCAACGAGCAAGGGCAGCACAUCAUGUACCAGCCAUAUCCAUCCAACAUGAAGGUCGAGCAUUGA